CGUGAACCGUUGGCAGAAGAGCAUACAGUGGAAAGUGAUGCUUCAGCGAGAACAGUGCGUACCAGUGGAGGCUUACUAAGCCAGCAGUGUGAUAGUGAACAGCUGUGCCAUUUGCUCUCACUUAGUGGAACAACCGGAAACGAAUACAGGCAACAAAGCAACGUAUAAUAGCAACGAUCUGCGCAAAGCAACGAGUGCGGCAUGCGUAUUUCCGCGAUACGCCAGACACCAUGCUGUCUGGUGUCAUUCAUCGUUCAACUCAACAUCAUCGUACUACAAACAGCGUACGGCGACGAGCCCCCAUUAUCGUCAUCUUCGUCGCCGUCAACCAUAGAGGACUAUCAAGAAUAUGACGAAUCGGUGCCGUCUGGUGCGGUUGAAACCCCGCGCCAAGAACCGACGUCAGACAUCAGCAUGCGAGAUAUGUUAUCGUUUCGUAAUGUUGCGGUAGACAGCAGCGGUUCGCAGGAGGGGCUCAGUAUGAGCAGCGAAAUUUUCAAGAACGAAAACUCCGUUAUCAAAGCCAAGGUCGACCGACUGAGCGGGUCGUUUAAGAAGAGCGUGGAGAAAAUAAAAAUAAAACAUAAACGAGUUGACAUAGUGUUUCUGAUCGACGCCAGUUCUAGCGUGGGCAAAGCGAACUUUCACAGCGAGAUCAAGUUCGUGAAGAAGCUGCUGUCCGACUUCAACGUCAGCUACAACUAUACGAGGGUUGCGGUUAUUACGUUUAGCUCGCAGAUGAAAAUUUUCCGCCACAUUGAUCAGAUAUCAACAUCUGUUGAGGACAAUGAUAAAUGUCUGUUAUUGAACUACCAAAUACCGAAAAUAGAGUUCAGUGGAGGUGGUACUUACACCUAUGGAGCCCUGAAAGAAGCAGAGGAAAUAUUUCAAAACGCACGUGCUGACAGUAAGAAGAUAAUAUUCCUCAUAACCGAUGGUUUUUCCAACGGGCGUGAUCCUAUUCCGUUGGCGGAGACACUGAAGCGCAAGAAUGUGAUUAUUUACUCGAUUGGGAUACAAAGCGGAAACUAUGCAGAGCUAUACAACAUGUCUAGCUCACCCGGUGAUAGUCACAGCUUUCUCCUGGAUAGUUUCGAUCACUUUGAAACAUUGGCCAGAAAAGCUUUUCAUAGCGAUUACAAGACCGGGGAAAAUAUUGGCGUUAACUCGACACUUUGUGAUGUGUUAUGUUUGGAUGAUGAGAAUUUUACCGGUGAUAGUUGUUGCGAUAAAGACGCCACGUGCAGCUGCAGUACUAACUCAGGUCACUAUUCUUGCCUAUGCCAGCCAGGAUACUUUGGUUCUGGGCUACGAGGAAAAUGCCAACCAUGUACGAAUGGAACCUACUGGGAUGGAGCUGGAAAGUGUCGACAAUGUCCCGAUGUAAACCACAUUACGCAAGUUAUUCCUGCCAUGAACGUGAGCGAUUGCAUCUGCAAGGGUGGUUAUAAGCCUAGCGAUACCGAGAGGUGUGAAGUAAUUACUUGUCCUGAAUUGUCCCCUCCGGAAAAUGGAUACUUUGUCAAGCAACCGAAUGCAUGCAGUCAAGUUCUGAAUGCCGCAUGCGGAACAAGAUGCCAGUCUGGCUAUCAAUUAGUAGGAGACAGCAUUCGACUGUGUCAGGAAAAUGGUGUUUGGUCUGGCAAUGAUCCGAAGUGCGUUCUAAAAACAUGUCCACCGCUUAAGAUACCUUAUUACGGACUAGCUGUGUGUAAAAAUCCGGACCUUAAUUUGUACUUCGAUUACUCGCCACGGAAUAAAUCAUUUCUGUUAAACUACAGCGCAUCAUUGGAGCGUUCGACCGAGCCCAUGCCAAUCGAUACUGACUGCUCUUUCAAGUGCGGUCAUGGAUUCUAUCUAGCAGGAUCCAACAGUCGGAAUUGCUUACCUCUAUCCAAAUGGGACGGAUUGCAAACUUCAUGUAAACAAAUUCUUUGCUCCCCUUUGCCAAAAAUUCCAUUUGGGGAAUAUGAUCCGACGGAUUGCGCCGAACAGAAAUCAGCUCAUGGAUCCAAUUGUACAUUGAUUUGUAACUUUGGUUUCGAACUUAAAGGAGGUCCUUCCACUAAGUCUUGCGGCGGCAAACGAAAUGGGGUUUGGACUCAGAAAACGAAGACCCCUCGCUGCGUAGAUAUAACUCCUCCGCAUCUUAUGUGCCCAAAUAAUUACACCCUGCCAAUGCACGACGACUUCAAUUACGCCCUUGUCAAGCGACUCAACAGGCCCUAUGUAUUCGACAAUGGCGGAGACAAUUUUACCUUCUGGACAAAACCUGCUAUCAAGGAUAGCGGCACUAAGCUGUACAAUGGGACUCACCUUUUCACGUACGUAGCAGUUGAUUCGUUUAAAAAUAAAGCCAAAUGUAAUUUCACAGUCACUGUGAUCGACACAACUGCUCCGGUAAUUGAAAACUGCAAUGACCCGGCUCCAUUUUAUAUCUCAUCGUCAGAAAAUCAUAAUGAAACUAUGAUAACGUGGGAUGAGCCCAUCAUAUUCGAUAAUUCUGAUAAUAACGUUACAGUAACUCGCAGCAUAGACUUUGGAUACUUGGAUGUAGGAGACUACCAAGUUAUUUAUCGAGCGGAAGAUGCCUCGGGCAACAGUGCUGAAUGCGUACUUAACAUCACUAUCAAGGAGUACAAAUGUGAAAACCUACCUUCGCCUCCCAAUGGUCAAACGGUGUGCGCGAAAAAUGCCUCCCAUACUUGGUGUGAGGUUUCAUGCUUCUUUGACCAUACAUUUCACGAUCGAGAGGACAGCACAGCUGUCCUGUUUUGUAACAAUCGCGAUCCAAAAUGGCACAACGAUACCAUUCCGGAGUGUACAGCAGUUGAAAAACCAACCGCCGUUGAAGAAGUUAUAACAAUCAGUCUGGGUACGGAGGCAGAUGACCUCUGUGACGAUGGAGACGCUAAAGAAGAGCUAAAAGACGUAUUCACGAGUAGUAUGAGGGAUCACUUGUGUGGAUCGCAAGAAGACUGUACUAUAACCACAGUAAUUCCAGCGUGUGAAGAUAAUAUACCGAAACCUGACGACAAAUCUAGGUACCACAUAGUGAAGAGAGAAACCAGCGGAGAGAACCGAGCUAAAUCACGGAAACAAAACGUUAAACGGGAUGAUCGUGCGACGCUUAAAAUCAACGUGUAUACUAAGUUAUCCAAACGACUUGGGCUGUGGAAGCAAGAUGGCAAGAAAUCGGACAACAUCAAGAGAUUGAAAACCGAGCUUCAGAAUAUCAACAGCAACGAAAAACUGAGAAAACGACUUGGCGAAUUGAAUAUGGAUCUCAGCAUUCUGAAGUUGGACGAAAGCAUACGUUGCCCUGACGGUAGUGUAGCCAAAAAGCUGGUGUGCGUGCAAUGUCCUCGAGGAACAUAUCACAACCUCACCACAAAUACCUGCAAUUCCUGCUCCAUUGGAAGCUACAACGAGCUGACAGGACAAAUGAGCUGUAUUCAGUGCGCACCUUAUCAUUCUACUAGGAAACCGAACAGCAAGCAUUCAUCGGAGUGCAAACCUCAGUGCCCACCAGGUACUGUUGCAAAGCUGAAACUAAUGAAGAAGGAGAAACUACAGAAGUAUCACAAGAGUCUCAUGCCAUUCUGUCGGAAGUGUGACCCCGGAGAAUAUCAGGGGUUGUACAACAGGAUUAGUUGCGACAAGUGUCCACCGGAUCAUACUUCUUUGAGAGGAUCAACAUCGAUUAAGGAUUGCUUUCCGAAGCAUUCCAGGCCAUGCUCAUCGGAAUUUCCGGUUUGUGGGCCGCAUGGCCAAUGUGUUCCGGAACCUUCGAACGAAGAACUUUAUAGUUGUUUGUGUGAGGAAGGUUUCGUUGGAUCGCACUGCGAAAAACAGCUAAGUGCUUGUUCAUCAGCACCUUGUUACAACGCGGGCACAUGCAUCACGCUCAACGCAACCGCAUUCAAAUGUGUUUGCCCAAGUCCCUACAGUGGUCAGUUAUGCGAACAAUUUGUGGAUCCCUGCCGACAGGAUACAUGCUUCAAUGGAGGAACCUGCGUCGAAAUCGGAGGCGUGUCCAUCUGCGAAUGUCCGCCGGGUUUCGAUGGUAGCCGAUGUGAAAUCAAGAAGAAUUUCUGCACUCCCAAUCCAUGCGAGUACGGUGGGGUUUGCUGGAGCGACGGAGAAGGCUUCAACUGUUCAUGUUCACCUGGUAAAAUGGGAAAACGUUGUCAUUUAACGCCUUGCGAUUACAUGCCGUGUCCAAGUAAUGCCAUUUGCGUUAAUGUAGAACACGUUAGAGCUGAUAAAGAUAGUUACCGAUGUGUUUGUCCAAAGGGUCUUAAAGGUAAUCUUUGCAACGAAAUUGACAACCCGUGCGAUCGGAACCCAUGCAGGAACAAUGGUCACUGUAAACCUGUUAAACUUCGGAACCCAAAUGCAAAUGCGCAGAACACAAAUUUGGAAGAUGAUGAUGUGUACAUGGAUGUAACAUGCGAGUGUCCUCCUUACUUCUAUGGAAAACGAUGUGAAACUCUUACUACUCCGGACUUUGUUAUGUCAUUUGAGAAAUCCGGUAUAAACGAUUACGCCAAAAUAGCGGGCCCUAGACGUAAUCUUACCGAAAUUUCACUAUGUGUUUGGAUACAAACAAGUGAUGAUUUUAACUAUGGUUCAGUGAUAUCCUAUGCCACCUCGAGCAUGGAUAAUGCUUUCACCUUCACCGACUACAGCGGAUUUGUGCUCUAUGUAUCCGGAGAACACGUGAUAACCAAUGUACACAUAAACGACGGUAAAUGGCAUUUCAUAUGUCUUACAUGGGUCAGCAGUACAGGCUUAUAUGAAAUAUUCCUCGAUGGAGAACUUCACACCACAGGAUAUGGAUUGAGCAGUGGCCGAUCGAUAGAAGCAAACGGAUUGUUCAUAAUUGGACAAGAACAAGACUCACUCGGUGGAGAUUUCAGCGAGACAGAGUCCUUCGUCGGUAAACUUGCAUAUCUGGACUUGUGGGGUAGAGCCCUGAGUGGAUAUGAAGUGCGAGACCAUUACCACAGCUGUGAGCCCUACCAGGGGGACUUGGUAAAGUGGACCGAUUUGAAGUCUAAAACAGUUGGAACAGUUAAACUUCAACGAUCGGAUUUUUGUCAGGAAUGUGAGAGGAACCUUACACUACAAAAUGGCGUUGUAGGUUAUUUCGACAAUCGAGCAUAUUUGCGAUGUGAAGAAGGAUACAAACUUCAUGGACCAUCGGAAAUUGUGUGCUUACGGACGUCCAGUUGGAGCGAUACGAGCAGUUUUUGCAAGUUGAUUCGGUGUGGCUCCCUGAGUUCGAUACUGAACGGAAGAGUGAUUAUGUCCAAAUCAAGCUACCGAGGAAUUGCUCGUUUUGUCUGCGAUUCGGGAUUCUAUCUGUCCGGGGCAGAUAUGGCCCGUUGUACAAUCCAUGGAAAUUGGUCCGAACCAUUACCCGAGUGCAUAAGUAUGGUGAAAUGUCCGGCGCUAACUGCAUCUAACGGUUCAUACAUAAUCUAUGCAACUGAAAGUGGAGUACUGAAUCAGCUAUACGAAAAUUAUGCUGUGGGAACCCUGGCUGAGGUACAGUGUAGCGAAGGAUAUUUAUUGAAUGGAGAAAACUUGUUAACGUGUUUGGAUACUGGUAAUUGGGACAUGAUAGUUCCAGAAUGCAUAGCAGAUAGUAUGGAAACCACAACAGAGGCGAGUCAAUCAUCCACGGAUGCUGUUUCUAAAGUGCCAAACAUUAUAAAAUUCAAUAGAAAACCAGACAUUCGUUUUUGGAAGCAGUUGAGAGACUAUUUGUUCUAUGGAUGCAUGCCACUAGAAUCUAGAAAAACUUCCAUAUUCUGCCAGAAAUCAGAAGUUUCACAAUCAGGCCUUACUGAUCUAUCAGCAUUUAACCUACCUAUAUCGAACGAUUACCAAAAUAUGGAUGUUAAACUUCUUGAAAGACUCUCAAAGACAACCAAACCUGACGCAAAUUUGAAAGUAGAGAAUCUAAUGAACUACAUUUUGUAUGGUACUGAAGAUUCAGCGAUGGAUUAUGUGAGGCUCACACAGGAAACAGAAAAUGCGUAUCGCUUCGUGAUUUGUCUGUUCAUAGACAUCAUUAUGAUGGACAGAGAGGUAAACUUUGACGACGAAAUAUUCUUAGACAUCAACUCAAGGGAAAACACAAAUGAUAAAAUCAAAAGUUUACUGAAAAAUGUCGUUCAACCUAUUUAUGAAACUCAUCAGCGAGAACAGGACGAACUACGGCAACAGGAGAUGGAAAACCAAAAUAAAGCACUGAAGAAGAUUAUUGCUCUUGCCGAAGCAGAACGCAUCCUAGCUCAGCGUUGCAGAUUAAGCGCGGUACCGGAACCUCCGAUCGAUAGUAGAAUAGUGGCUAUCGAGACCAUUUCGCUAGAACCUCGGACGAUUGACCUUCGUAUAGAGAAACUUAGAAGACGCUCCGACACUCUAGAGAUAGGAUCCAAGAUUAAAUACGGCUGCAACUCUGGUUUCACAAUGAAAGGAGACGGCUUUGUGGAAUGUACAAAGGAAAGCCAUUGGAGUCAGUUUAGCAGUUUCUGUGAGGGAGUCAUCUGCGAACAGCCGCCAGUACUUCCGGGUAUGGUAAUUGCCGCUAGCUCAGUGGACUCGCAGUAUUACUAUGAUGACGAAAUCGAAUAUCGCUGCCAGGAAGGAUACGCCAUGCAGGGUCAUCCCAUUAUCAAAUGCUCAAUCGACGGGAAGUGGUCACCUAUUGUGGCGAGAUGUACAAAAAUAUCAUGUGGAAGGCCAAAAACGACCAGCACUGCGAAGAUUAUUUCGGGGAGUUCAUACCAAUUUGGAGAGCGUUUGAAGAUUCUUUGUGAGGACAAGCGAACUGUAGAAACGAUUUGCCAAGCAAAUGGAAAAUGGUCACCUAUAGGCGAUUGUUAGUGGAUAACGAUACGAUAUGUAGUUGUAAAAUGUUGAUAUUUAUACGUACUACUUCUAGAGUUUAAAAUUCAAUGUUUGAUUACUUAGAUCUUUGAAGCACUUUUCAAUACUCUCGAAUUAUUUCAAGCUUAAUAAAUUUUGCAGAAACAAA